GUUAUAAGUCCCUUCUAUAUUUGAAAGUCAGCUUUCAAAUAUUUGAGAUACAUACAGACAGUAUAUACAUUUGAAGCCAGUGGGCAUUGCAGCCCAUGACAGUGACUAUGGAGUCUACCUGUGCAAAAGUUAGAAGGUUAAAAAAAGAUCUAAACAAAGGUUCCCUUUCCCCAGAAACAAUUAAUAAAUCUAUUUUUUUUUUCUUAAUGAACAUGAAAUAAAAUGGCUUCUUGUGGCUCUUUAGCUUGAGUAUGGGCUCUCUUCCAGUCUCUAAGGCAUAGACACAAAGAUAUCUUAUUUUUUACUGGCUAACUUACAAAUUAUGAAUCGGGCUUGAUGACAUGGUAAAUCACAACAAUACCUUUUGCAUGGUUUAUGAUGUCACACUUCAUGCUAUACACAGCUAUAGACCACCUGGAUCAAAUAUUUGUAAGGACAGAUCUGAAAGCACAAGUGUCAAUUUGACUGUGGUGAACAUCAAUGAGUACCUUCGUGAAAAAGUACCUUGAGAAAUUAAAGAAGAGGGCUAGUGUUAGUGACAUUUGUCCACCACCGCUUCUGCCUCUGACCAAAGCUGAUAUUCAACCAGGGUCAGAAAAUGAAAGAAUUGGGCUUGUCAGAAACAGCAUGUUCCAGAAUCCCCUUAUCUUAAAGUCAGAACUAGGAAGGACCCGUAGAAGAUGCGCAAAGAUUCCAGGAGCCAAUUUUGUGUAUGGCCUAACUGUACGUGGGACUGACGGAGGAGUCCCCGAAGCCAUAGGGCACUGGCACGUUAUGCCAACUCGUGCUAUCAAAAAGAAAGAAAUGCCCAAAGAUUUUAUUCACAUGAAUAGUAAUGGAAUUAAGGCUGGUCUUUUCACUGCAAAAGAACACCAUCUAUAUUGCCAGCACCAUGAGCUUCAUUGCAAAACAACUGUUGCCAAAACCUUCCCCAAAAAUGUACCUCGUCUUCCCGACGCCAUGACCUAUGGGAAACCAUAUCCUCCUCCAACGCCCAUAACAGAGAUCCUUCAACAUAAGUUUGGUGACCAGUGGCUGCAGGAGCAUCGGAAAGCUAACAUGCGUCUUAAGCAGAAGAAACAUUUGAAAAAACGAGAGAAAACACAUGAGACCCGUAUGACAAUGUUGAAUAAAUAUCAAAUCCCUGUGAAGAUAGAUUCACAAUGGCACAUGCCAAAAUUUCAGAAAAUUGCUCGCCAUCUUGACACCUUCCCAAGUCAAGAAGAUAGACUGAAUGCCAUGAAAGCUCAGCAAAUUGAAGCACCAGUUCGUCGUGGCCAGUUUGGUUGGGGCAUUUAUACUCAUAUAUAGGACUCAGCUUUAGAAAGAAACAAAUGACUUAAUAUACUUCAGUAUGAGCUCUGUGCUAUGAUAAAAAGUUUGAUGGAACCUGCCAUAAGUAGCAUUAAAAUGAAGCUCCUUGUGAAAAAAAAAAAGAAAUAGAUAAGGACAUGAGUGUCUCAUUGCUAAACUGCUGCUAUCAGAUAAAUAGAAAGAAUGGAAUUCCUGACUGUCACCUAAAGGAUGCAUUACACCAUUUGAGGAUGGAAUGUUGGUACAACAUCACAGGUUACUAUAAAGCAACUGUCAAUGUGUUUUAGCUAGAAA